AUCCUCCGCACGGUCAACAUACCCUGUAGGCGAACACCGGUUGUACACAUACAACUCGUUAUAUCAACGUGGUAUCGGCUCGAGACGUAGAAAAAGCGCGUGCUGAGCAGGGCGUUCACGACGACCCCUGAUACGAACUGGACGUAGCACUUGCUUGAACGUGCUGCGGAGGGUCAAACACAUUUGGAAUGGUAUAAUUCACUCCUACCGAAGCCCAGGCGUUUCGUAAAAAAAUACCCCUCACACAUUCUCAGAGUAUUUUUAAACAGUAGUGCACAUGCCACGGAGAAAGCUUUGUGCGCGUAAACGUGUACAGAAGCUCGGUGUGUAUUUCGUCUUGACUUCUUUAGCGAUGUCGUGCGUUUAUGCUAGCUCUGUCGAAGGUCGCUUUUCCUUGACUUUUUCCACAAUUUGUUCUUCACUUCGCGAGGGAUAUGGAAACUUCAGGAAGCACACUUUCAUCGACUGGAAAGGAAAACUUGAGCGCAGCAAACUGCGUCCAAAAUUCGCCGUACCUGUAAAUGACCUGAACGUUCACGUUAUCUCUCUUCAAAGAUCAAGUCAGCGUCGCGCUGCUUGUGUUGAAGCCUUAUCUCUUGAAAAUAUGUCGUAUACGCUUUCACUCGCGGUUGACGGUUUGUCCCCGUUCACAGAAGGAGAGUUCAAUCGAUAUGCUGGUUGGAAGAGGCGAGCUUUAAUGAGCUUGACAGCUGAAGAGCUCUCUGAUUUACAAGAGAAAUUUGCAUCUUCGAGACGACUGUCAAAUCGCGAGCAACGCGUUCUGCACGAGAGGCUUCGAUUUGGAUGUUCACUUUCUCACAUUCGGAUAUGGAUGAAGUUGUUGUCCUCGACGAGUGACUUCUUUAUAGUUCUCGAAGACGAUGCCAUAGUAGUGAAAGAAUUUGAGAGAAAGACUCACGAAGCACUAAAAAGCCUUCCAGACGACUGGGAACUCUUCUACAUUGGCUAUGUUUGCAGUGCGCUCCCUGGUGGUUACUUGAGCAGAAAUAUCCGACAACUGCGGGGUGGUUCUUGCACGAAAGGUUAUGCGGUGUCUCGCAGGGGAGCCGAGCGCUUGGUUUUUCGUUCUGCUGUAGGAAGCAAUUUACCCGUGGACAACAUGAUAAAAGUUGACGUUGCUGCUGGACUCGCUCCUGCUUUUUACGCCGAUCCUCCGUUACUUGCGGUCACUGACACUCGGAAUUUGAGUACCCUGGCGUACUCAGGAGGCUGACAACUAUUUCGGGUUUUUGUAAAGGGUUCGACGGGCCCGAAGGAGCUUGAGGGGGGGGCGAAAAGCGUGAUGCCGACGUUUUUGCGAUCAGCCGACCACAUCAGCGCGUUUGUUGGGUUUUUUUGCAUAGGUGAGUGGCCUUGACUGGAUCGAAACUGCCGACUUUGUGGCGUUACGAGAUAAUGCUAUGUAACUCCAAGACGCAAAGGAUGCGUUUUUCGUCACGUAGCACUAGUACUAAUAGUCAGAAAAAUUGUUCAU